UACCUGCCAAACCCAUCCCAGUCCAAGACAACGUUAACUCCAUAUGCCAAUCCCCUGUCUGGUCGUGUGGGCCCUUCCCCCGCUCCUUUUCUUUCGGUCAUCCAAAAGGGGUAAGACCGUAAAAUCGUCCAUCUUUUUCCCUCUUCCCCCCUUCUCCAAUUCCUAGAUUUUACCGUCUCCAACACGCACCAAACAACCACUGACCCACCUCCGCACAAAAUGCCAAUCCAGUCCCUCCAAACUUAUUCUCCUUUCGCUUUCAGUACCUCUUAUUUUCCUACCCUUACAUUCCAGUCCAAACCCUAAACAACUGAACAAAGGGAAGCAGCAAGUGGGCCCAUAGCAAAAGAAGAUAAAAACCUCAACUUACUUUUUCCUUUCUCUUUCAACCCACAAAUUUUCCUCCCACCAUUCCCAUUACUGGGAGAGCAAAUUCAGCCUGCACGCACAGAAAAAAGCUUCUCACUUCCAUCUCCACCUCUGAUUAUUACUACGACCCCCCUUUCUCCUUCACACACUAACCCAGUUGGUGGGCUCUACUACUUCUACAACUACAAGCUACUGAGAUUUGCCUUCCCCUUCCCUCUUCUUCUACUUGCAGAGUGUACUAAUUGGCAUCUUUUUGCCCCCAUCAACAAAGAGCUUUUGAUUCCUCUUUCUCUCUCACUCGAUCUAUCUGCCCUUUUCUCCCUUCCAUCAUUUACCCACUUUAGAGCUUUGGUAUUAGAGAAGCAAGAUUGCAUUAUUUCGGAUCCACUUCCGACCCCGGCCCUGGAGUAUCACUUUGGUUGAUUCUUCUUACUAUUAUUAAAAAUAAUUUGUUGGGUUUGGAUUGUUGAAGGUGGAAAAAUGAUGGGGUGUGAGAUCAUGAUGCAGCAACAGCAGAUGAUGAAGAAGAAGGAAGAUGACGACUGUUGGUGGCUGUCCCCUUUUUGACCAGGAAAAGAAAAAACAACAAACAAGAGAUGGGGCCAGCACCCAUUGUGUAAAAGCAGCCCAAUACUACAGUUGAAAGAGAGGGGAAAAAUAAAAGGGUCGAGUCUUCCUCUUCCUCCUCUUCUUUGUCUCUCUCCAGCUCUGCUUUCUUCUUUUUGAGAGAGAGGGGCUCACUGUUCUUUCUCUCGUUACUGUGUUCGUCAAUGACAGAGAAUUAGAGGGGCGGAAGAGUGGAAAAAAAAGGAAGAAGGGGGAAAGAGUGAAAGAGAGAGAAGGCCUAUUUCUGCUAUCCAUCCGUCUCUUUCUCUUUUUGCUUUCCCACACGUUUCUUGUCUCUCUGUGGAUGUGACUGUCCGACGAAGAUGGCGAGGAAUUCAUAAUUAGUUCCCCUUCUCCCUCCCCGCUCUCCAUUAUUCAUCUCUUCCUCUUCUCCACAGUUUCAGUGCUGUGGUUUUUUUUUCUUUGGUUCCUCUCAAAUAAUGGCGGUGUAUCAAUCGAAUCGACUCCGUAAGGACGGAGCCUUGAUGGGUCUUGAUGUGGGCGUUGGUGGGCAAGUCCUAGAUCUGGAAACCGCCGUCAAAGACGGCAUUCUCGGAGGCGGCGGAGGAAUCGGUGUCGGCGGCGGUUGUGGGUUAAUUAGCACGGCCGCGGCGGAGAAAUUAGAUCUGAAGAAAAUGAUUGAAGAGCUGGAAGCCGUGGAAGUGCCGUCGGUUUUCAUCUGCCCGAUUUCGCUCGACCCGAUGCGCGACCCGGUUACGCUCUGCACGGGUCAGACCUACGAGAGAUCCAACAUCUUGAAAUGGUUCUCAAUGGGGCACUACACUUGCCCGACGACGAUGCAGGAGCUCUGGGAUGACUCCGUAACCCCCAACGCCACUCUCCAGCAGCUAAUCCACACCUGGUUCGCUACGAAAUACUCCGCCAUGAAAAAGCGGUCCCAAGAUGUUCAGGGGAGAGCCAUUGAAGUCCUCGAGAUUCUCAAGAAGGCGAAAGGGCAGUCUAGAAUUGAAGCUCUCAAGGAGCUCCGGCAACUCGCCGCCGCGCAUUCCACCGCGAGGAAGUCACUUGUCGAUAAUGGAGGCGUCGGGUCGCUGUCCUCUCUACUGGGUCCUUUCACCACGCACGCAGUGGGUUCCGAGGUAAUUGCAAUUCUGGUCAGUUUGGAUCUUGAUUACUCGGGGAAAACCAAUUUGACCCAGCCAGCCAAGAUUUCGUUGAUGGUGGAUAUGUUGAAUGAAGGGUCGAUUGAGACGAGAAUCAACUGCACGAGGCUGAUUGAAAUGCUCAUGGAAGGUAAAGAUUUCGUGUCGGAGAAUGUUUCGAGUUUGUCUCUUUUGGUUGGAUUGUUGAAGCUAGUGAAGAAUGAGAGGCACCCAAAUGGGGUGAUUGCAGGACUCAGAUUGCUGAAGGCAAUUUGCUCUCAUGAGUCGUUAAGAGCUUCCAUUGUAAGCAUUGGCGCAGUUUCCCAAUUGGUGGAGCUGUUGCCUGGCUUCAAAGCCGAUUGCAUCGAAUUGGCACUUCACAUUCUCGAGGUUCUUUCUACUGUGCCAGAGGGGAGAUUAGCCCUAAAGGAAUGUGCCAAGACAAUCCCAAACAUGGUGAAAUUGUUGAUGAAGGUCUCUGAGAGUUGUACCCAAUUGGCAUUGGCGAUUUUGUGGGCAGUAUGCAAGCUAGCCCCGGAGGAAUGUGGGGCUCUUGCUGUGGAGGCAGGUUUGGCUGCCAAAUUACUUCUGGUGAUACAGAGUUGUUAUAACCCCGUGUUGAAGCAGAGAUCAGCCGAGCUUUUGAAGUUGUGUAGCUCAAAUUAUACCGCCACGAAUUUCAUCUCCAAGUGUAAGCUCACCACGACUAUACAAUGAUAAUGAAGGAUGGAACAAUAAAGAGAUAGGUACUCAGAUUCUUUGUGUCGCACCCCCAUGUAAAUUUCAACAAUAACCCAUGAUGGAUGACGCUGAAUUGGAGAAGAAGUUGGGCGCUUUCGCAGCCAAAAUCUGUACCAGAAAGUUGACAUUAUUCUGUCAGAAGCAUAAGGAGCCUUUGCUGCCUGCAAGAAGUUUGUGCCCUAUAAGUUGGUCCAAUGGGUAUUGGGGUGUUUUCUUAUAUAGACAACUCUUUCAUUAUUUGAUUGUGAAGCAGUUUUGCUUGAUUUAUGUAUAUGAAUGAGUGGCGAAACCCAGCUGGGGGUUGUGGCCGGAAAGCAAUUUGGUCCAGGGUCAUCGAAUGAUGCAUGAAAGCCACAUAUAUCCAGCAUAACUGUAUUCGAAAGGCUGAGAUCGGACAUGAUGCCGAAUGACUGCCGAAGACAAUUCUAUAUGCGGUGAAGGUACGGAUGGCAGUACACCCGAAGACGAGGGAUCAUGGGCAGUUUGCAAAGCUUAAAGAUGAGCUGAAGUCCUGAUCUGAAACUGGGGGAAGCUCUGAAUGUUGCUGGCUCACAAGGAAAGACUCAAUGAAUGAUGAUGGUGGUGUGAAGGUGUUGAAACCGAUGUAUCAAUGGAGUAGCUAGGAGAAUAAGGAAAGAAAGGUAUCUGCAUUUUUGUGUGAACCCUGUAAAUUUGAACCUAAGAACACAAUGAUUUUGUCUGGCAAAAAUGGGGUUUCGAUUGAUCGUGAGAACUCGGUAUUUGGGCCAAUAAAAAGAAGUUCUUGACGUUCUUUUCUUUCUUUCUAUCUAUCUCAUCUAUGGUGCAAAGAACUUUUGUGCUGCUGCUGCACAAGUUGGGUCCAUGGUGGGUAUGGAGUGGAAGGAGGCGAAGUUUCUUAUAUAGAAAAAUCUUCCAUCUUUUGUUGUAAGCUAAUAAGUUGGUUGAUUCAUAUAUGGAGAGCUCUGUGACUGUAAAUGAAUUCUAGUUUUCACCAUUGACAGAUUCUUAAACCUUGUUGAUUGGUUUGUUGAUGAUUUGAUGGAACUCAGAAAUGAGAUGGGAAAUUUGAUGAGUUGGGUUAAAAGGGUAAAUAAUAAAGGGAGUUAUAAUUC